GCUCUGUGAUAGGUUAACUUCUUUACAGUUAAUAAACAUGUCGAUGCUUCCUCCAACCGCAGUGUUUCGCCUUCCUUGGGAAGUAGACUCAAUGACAGAAGGAGAAUCAGUGCGGACAUUUGGCAGACUUGUUUGCUAUCAGCCGGAUGAAUCCAGAGCCACCCUGACAGCCCAGCAUGCUUCCAAAGAACACCGUGUGUUUGUCCAAACCCAGUUUGUUGAGCCAUUUAACCCAAUAAUUGGAGCCCAGUACCUGGUUCUGGGUGAGACAGAAAUGUAUGAAGGUGUUGGUGUGAUGGUUCGCGCCCGUGUGCUGAACUGUGUUGACGGCGUAAACACUGCACUUCUGCAGAAGGCUAUCACUGAGCAGAGGAGCUUCUUCGCAGAGAGGGAGUGCAAACAGGGGGAGGUUACACAACCACAAGAUGUAACUUGAUAAAGGUCUUCAUGCUGUAAUGCUAGGAGGCCAACAGCAAUGUUCAGAGACUUUUGUACCCAUAUUAUCUUUAUCAGUUACUUUGGGACAAUGAAGCUAAGAGUCAGUCUAGUUCCCAGAAUAUAUAUCGGGUCCAUAUGUUGUAUUUUUUGUCAAUUUUUGAGGUUUAUGAUUGUUUGUAGCAGAUUUUUGUGCUAAUUCUACUUGAGGUUGUGAUUUCACAGCUUGUGAACAAAUGUUAUGCCAAAGUUCAUAUACAAGUAGCAGAUUCACAUACCACCAUUAUGUGGAUGACAAUAAACUAGGAAUAUUUUCUACUGUCAAAAUCUGGUAUAUUUCUGUAUAUAUUUGUAAUAAAAAUAAUAUCCUGGUUAAAUGAAAUGAAACAUUAUAAUAAUGGGUGAUGUCUUAUUCUGGAAUAUGCUUCUCUUGUAUUGUUAAGGAAAUUAUUCUUGCAUGGUGAACGCUGCUUCUUAUGAGUUGUGGUCUGUUCGUAUGGCCAUCUAUGCUUGCAGCUGAAACGACUUGAAGCUCACACUUACAAUUUGGUUUCAGAAGAG